AGUCAGCAAAAUUACAGGGUGAUUGCAAUGGCUAAUUUGGUGGGUGGUAAAGCAGUGCAAGCUAAUAAAUAAAUGGUAAAUAUUGAAAACAAUAGUGUGUCUAAAAAGAAAUCAUUUUAUUCUUGCAAAAAAGCAAAUUUUAUUCCAAGUUUCUUGUGUGAAACAGAAAAGCAGUAACGAUUUUGUUGCAAGAUGGAAUACCGAAACAAUGAUCCUGGAGCUGUUCAAUAUGGAAAUUUCAUAAAUUAUUACGAAUUCAACAAUGCUGAACAACGACUAAAAUUACUACCCCGUGAUGUUUGGCUUGAAACGGAAAAUAUUCCAUCAGCCGAACCCUACUUAGUGCUCGAUGUUGGUUGCAACGCAGGAGAUCUCACACAACUAUUUUAUAAAUUUUUAAAUGAAUGUGUUGGCGUGCCAAGAAAUAGAAAAAUACAAAUACUCGGCAUCGAUAUUGAUGAGGAUUUGGUGCAACGAGCGCAAAUCGGAAAUGAGUGCGCCCCAAAUGUGAGUUAUACCAGAUUGGAUAUUAUGGAUGCCACAGCGUUUGAAGAAGUCAAUGAGUACUUGCGGCAAUACAACCGUCAUAGCUUCGAUGUAGUUUGUUGUUUUUCUAUAACCAUGUGGAUUCAUUUGAACCACAGCGACCACGGGUUGCAGCAGUUUCUACAAAAACUGAGUGGCAUAGGCGAUUUGCUUGUUGUGGAGCCACAACCCUGGAAGUGUUAUCAGACCGCCGUGAGGCGAAUGAAACGGGCUGGAGAUGAAUUUCCUCUAUUUAGCGAGCUGGUAUGGCGUUCAAACGUAGAGGAAUGUGUACAGAAAUUUUUGGAAAAGGAGUUGGGAAGAAAGAAAGUUUUCGAGUGUUUGCCGACGCGUUGGCAAAGGCGUAUUUGUUUUUAUAGAUGAAAUAAAAUGCUCUUUAUAAAGUUA